AUGACUUCGAACCGCAGACUUGCACGCAUGCCACCACAUUUAGCUCUCACUGCCGGUCAACUUGCAAAACUGGCCUUGUACCCGAACGGAGGAAUACGUACUACGAAGGAAUUAUUAGAAAAGUCGAAAAUUGAGCUGGUAGAGAAUUGUGAUUUGGAUGGUGAAGUCGUUGAGGACAUUAUGAAGAAAGUCUCUAGAUGGAUUGCGCCCAAGAGUGUUACGGUCCUUUCACUUCUUUCCUCAGUCUCGUUUUCUCCACCAUUCUUCACGACAUGUAUUCCCCAUCUAGAUACUGCACUUAAUGGAGGGAUACCUUUGUCGUCAGUGACCGAAAUUGUAGGACCUUCACGAUCGGGCAAAACGCAAUUUUGCAUGACAAUGUCGGUCAUCGCCACGAUGCCGUGUGAGAAGGGGGGCUUGGGUGGAAGUGUUUGUUUUAUCGAUACCGAGGGAACUUUGGAUGUUGACAGACUUGUGGAAAUAGCGAGCAAUCGUUUCCCUGAUUAUUUCAACCCUUUAACACCUAAAGGCAAAUCGAACCUACUCAGAAUGACCCAAAAUGUUCAUAUAAUGAAUGCUAAAUCGACUCAAGAAGUACUACAAAGCUUGGAAGGUCUCCAGGAGUUAAUAAUUACGCACAAAAUUCGUCUCGUUUUGUUCGAUUCGGUUGGGUACAUUGUUAGGAAAGAAUUCAAUAAUAUGACAAACGAAAUGAAAGACCGAUAUAGCAGUCCGAGUUUGAUGGGGCGUAGUGACAUGUUAAUACGAGAAUCUGCCAUGUUAAAAUUUUUGGCCGAAUCGUUUCGUAUAGCCGUAGUCGUAACGAAUCAAGUGAUAAACUACAGCAAACCUCACAUGAUAAGCACUAGUAGCAAUGCACGGAAAAGAUUAUGUACACGAGAAACAAAUAACUCGUAUCAUGUGACUUCAGUCCUAGGCAGUGGAUGGGCGCAUUCUAUCACGACACAGCUGACGCUUGAAUGUUUUGAUAGUCCUGUCGGUGGAAUAGGCAAAAACGACGCGACAGAAAAUGCGAAAAGAAUUAAAAUAUCCAAAUCGCCGAUUGCACCAAGGAAGAGCUUUUAUUAUGCUAUUGAUAAAUGUGGAAUUGUUGAGCUUGAUCUGGAAACAAGUAAUGAGGUGGACUCUGUUGUCUAA